CUAUGGCCCAAGAGCUAAAAGCCAUUCGUCGCACAAUAUCGCUGUAAGCGCACCCAAGCUCCAAGCCAAGCCAGCAGCACUGACGACCACUCUGAGGGAACUUGGAACAGAGUAUUACUAGAUAAAGGGACAGUGUUAACUUUGGGAGGACCAGUGGACCGUGGUUGUUAUUGCAACACAAAAAAUUCAAACAUGGCUGAGCUGGAGCCCAUGAGUGGUGAAAAACUCACCUUAUCCAGAGAUGUGAAGCGAGCCGUGGAAUUAUUGGAGAAGCUUCAGAAAAGCAAAUAUCUAAGUGAGGUUCCCGCUACCAAAUUAGCCGCCCUCCAACGGGUUCUUCAAUCGGAGUUUCUGAAUGCUGUUCGCGAAGUCUAUGAGCAUGUUUACGAGACCGUGGACGUGCAAGGCAAUCCCGAGAUUAGAGCCUCUGCCACCGCCAAGGCCACUGUGGCGGCCUUUGCGGCCAGCGAAGGACACGCUCAUCCGCGAGUGGUUGCUUUGCCCAAAACCGAAGAAGGCCUGGGGUUCAAUGUGAUGGGUGGCAAGGAGCAGAAUUCGCCCAUUUACAUCUCCAGAAUUAUCCCUGGAGGCGUGGCGGAUCGUCAUGGCGGUUUGAAACGCGGGGAUCAACUCCUAUCCGUGAAUGGUGUUUCGGUUGAAGGCGAGCACCACGAAAAGGCCGUGGAGCUACUGAAGGCUGCCUUAGGGGCUGUUAAGUUGGUGGUUCGGUAUACACCCAAAGUAUUGGAGGAAAUGGAACAGAGAUUCGAUAAGCAAAGACAAGCCCGAAGACGACAGCAAUUUACCACUUAAAGGCCCAAUAUUAUUGCUGGCCAAUACUGCCCAAUUCUUCCGACAUCAUUUAUGUUGAUCCCAAUGUAACAUUAUUUGUACAGUAUUCUGAACUGCAAUUUCAUCCAAAGACUGGUCAAGAACGCGAUGACGUCUGGCCCUCAAUUAGUCGUCGUUUCAUUGUGUCUCCCUGGUUUCAACUCCAUCACCAACAAUAUUGUUAUUAAGAUUAUUAUCAUUAUUGUCGUUAGCAUCACUAGUGCUACUUCUCAUUCUUGAUACUCGGGGCGGAUUUCUUUUUGACUUCCGCUGCCUCUCGCAUUACUUUUUUUCGCUGUUUCUGUUUUUUAAAAUAAAUCUCAAUCCUAGUCCAA